AUGUCUAACCCUAGAACCAUUCCAGACGGCGACAAGGACAUGAUGACUGCCACCGCCCCUUUUAAGAACUCUCUCGAGACGUCUCCCAAUGCCGGCAGCCCAGACUCAAACGCCCAUACGGAACCAAACCAUAGCAACCCCUACAACACUGAACAACAGCUCACGACAUUGACAGGUGGCUUGCCCAUCGAGGAUAAGAUCGAAGGCGAGCUUCGUCGUAGUGACAGACAACAGCGGCUGAAGAUCUUGGCCAGCUUGUUUCUCCAGACGUGCCCUGGGGAUUGGAGUAACGGCACCGAUGUUGGAUUGUUUGGACACCUCCAUUCAGUGGUCGACGGGAAGAAGUUCGACUCGCACUUUGAUACCAUCGCAGUCAUCUGCUUUCAAUGGCAACUUGCCCGUCUAGCAGAUGACUUGGUUCAUUUGUUUAGCCUCCCCAAGCCCAACGGCGAAACCUGUCUGAUGUGGAGAUACCACGACUGGAAAUUCAGCGCCAGCGCGGUGUUCCAACCCUUUGGCGAGCGUUAUGGCGCAGUAUGGGGUCGGUUUCUGCGCAGCUCUUGUGAGCUGCGGCCUACCAAGGGCCAGGGACCUCGUUUUUAUCGCUUUCUGCAGUACAUGACUGCGGCAGUUGUGGAGGCAGACCUGGGAGUGCACGCUACUGAGGCUCUCGUCGACAAACUUGCCCAGUACAUUAUUACCGAGAAGAAGAAACUGCAGAACCAGGGCUUUCAGGAUAAGGAGACCCAUCAUCGGGGCCGGGACUGGAUCAAGUCGGUUGGUCGAGCAGUUCAUCGCUCUCUCUCCCCUCGCAAGUGA